UUGUACAUGUUGUUUAUAUUUAUCUGGUAUUCUUUGAAAUGGUAAAUGUAAUAAUUAUGAUGAGUAAAAUGUGUUAUUUAUUUAUGAUAACCGUAGUCAAAGACCUGAUUAUUCACAAGAAAAUACACAACAUGGGUGGCGAGACAGCGAGAUCCGAAGAGGCAAUAAAUAACCGACCUAUAAUUGGAGUUUUAUCACAAGAGCAGUCAAGACAUCUUCAUUCAAAAUUUCCUGAUGAAAACUAUACAAGUUACAUAGGAGCGUCAUACGUGAAAGAUGUGGAGGCAGCGGGCGCAAGAGUUGUACCAAUAUUGAUUGGAAAAAAACGCGCCUACUACGAAGAUCUCUUAAAGAAAAUUAAUGGAGUCCUUCUGCCCGGUGGUGCAACAUAUUUCAACCAAUCGAAUGGUUUUGCUGAUGCUGGCGAGCAUAUUUAUGAAAUCGCUAAAGAAAUGAAUAACGCUGGUGACUAUUUCCCAAUAUUUGGUACAUGUUUGGGCUUUGAACUGUUAAUAAUCCUUGCAUCUGGACGGGGAAGCAAAGAGAAUAGAGUAAAAUGUUACUCUUUCAGAAAUUUGCCUCUAAACUUUACAAAGGAUUUCCGUACUAGUAAAAUGUAUAAGGAUGCAUCAAAUGACGUUAUUAAUAUACUUUCAAAUGAAGACGUCACUGUUAAUGCUCACCAAUUUUGUAUUGUCGAUGAAAAUUUGAUUUCACAUAAUUUGACGAAGGAUUGGCGAAUCACAUCACACAGUAAGGACGAUAAUGGGACUUCAUUUAUUGCGAGUGUUGAACAUAUCAGGUACCCUUUCUAUGGCGUUCAAUUUCAUCCAGAGAAAAGUGCGUUCGAGUGGAAACCAUCGAAAAGCUAUGCGCACACCAUGAAUGCUGUAAAGGCAAAUCGGUAUUUCAUGGAUUUCUUCGUUAAUGAAUGCAGGAAGAAUAACCAUAGGUUUUCAAGUGUUAAAGAAGAAAACGAAUAUUUAAUUUAUAAUUACAUGCCUAAGUUUACGGGUGCGCUUGGCAGCGCGUAUCAACAAUGUUAUUUCUUUGAGCCAAGAGGAGUGCAAUCUGAAGAAUUGAUAAUUAAUAAUAAUAAAAGUGAUAUGUACGAAUCGUAUAAGACAGAUUUAUGUUAG